ACAAUUUACACUCUGAUCACGACAAGAUAACGGAUCAACAGUUAGUGUGUGUGUGAGUGAGAGAGAAAUAGAAUAUCCCAAAAAUCUUUUUUGGUUGACACAGAUAUUUAUAAUAUGUUAUCAUCAUUUUUUUCCCUGAAAUUUAUGAAGAACACAAAGAAAUGUGAGCUUAAUUAAUCUGAUCUUUCCCGAUCUGAUUCUUGUUUAGGUAUUCUGAGAACGAACCUACUUUCUAGGUGACCUAAUUAGGGUUUUUUUUCCAGCCACAGUACUAGUUUUGUUCGACCCGACUUGAAUGUAAAUGGGGUUUUCUUGAAAACCCAUGUUUUAUUUGUAAACCUGAAGCUGAAUUGAAGAGGGAUUUUGUAAAAAGUUUGGAUUUUGAUGCGAUGGGGUUUUCUUGAAAAGGGGUUUUAUUUGGUUUCUGAAGCUGAAUUGGGUAGAAAUUUUGUAACAAGUUUGGAUUUUGAUGAGAUGGGGUUGUUGAAGAUGAGCUUUUUGCAGUGAAGAGUGAGUUUGGGUAUAAGCAGAGUAUAAAUUUAAAGGAAUAUGGCAACUCCAGUUGAGCCACCAAAUGGGAUAAGGUCCCCAGGGAAGCAUUACUAUUCUAUGUGGCAAUCCCUUUUUGAAAUUGAUACUAAAUAUGUACCUAUUAAGCCUAUUGGACGAGGGGCAUAUGGAAUUGUUUGUUCUUCUGUUAACAGGGAAACCAAUGAGAAGGUUGCAAUCAAGAAAAUAAACAAUGCUUUUGAGAAUCGUGUUGAUGCUCUGAGGACGUUGCGUGAACUGAAGCUCCUUCGCCACCUAAGACAUGAAAAUGUGAUUGCUCUGAAAGAUGUUAUGAUGCCAAUCCACAGGCGAAGUUUCAAAGAUGUUUAUCUGGUAUAUGAACUGAUGGAUACAGAUUUACAUCAGAUAGUCAAAUCCUCUCAAACACUCACGAAUGAUCAUUGCCAGUAUUUCCUAUUCCAGUUGCUUCGAGGUCUGAAGUAUCUCCAUUCAGCGAAUAUUCUUCAUCGUGACUUGAAGCCCGGGAACCUGCUUAUCAACGCUAACUGUGAUCUGAAAAUAUGUGAUUUCGGGCUUGCACGUACAAGCAGUGGCAAGGACCAGUUUAUGACUGAAUAUGUUGUUACACGCUGGUACAGGGCCCCGGAACUUCUCCUUUGCUGUGACAACUACGGAACAUCCAUUGAUGUAUGGUCUGUUGGUUGCAUUUUCGCAGAGCUCUUAGGGAGGAAACCUGUCUUUCCAGGUACCGAAUGCCUUAACCAACUGAAAUUGAUUAUAAACAUCCUUGGUAGCCAGAGGGAAGAGGAUUUAGAAUUUAUCGACAAUCCAAAGGCGAGGAAGUACAUCAAAUCACUUCCAUACUCUCCUGGAACACCAUUUUCCCGCCUCUAUCCCCAAGCUCAUCCAUUGGCCAUUGAUCUCCUGCAGAGGAUGCUUGUGUUUGACCCUUCCAAAAGAAUUAGUGUUAUGGAAGCACUUCAACACCCAUACAUGUCUCCUUUGUAUGAUCCGAACACUGAUCCCCCAGCGCAGGUUCCUAUCAAUCUUGACAUAGACGAGGACUUGGGAGAAGAAACGAUAAGGGACAUGAUGUGGACGGAAAUACUUCAUUACCAUCCUGAAGCUGCCACAGCUGCUAUGGAAGAAGUUAUGUGAGCUUUUUGUAACUUAUCUUUUCCCCUGCUUUCAAUAAAUAUCGAGUCUUGAUUCAUCGACAGUUUGAGCUGUGAUGCAUAACAAGAACUGCUCAACUACAUAAGCUUGAACUUUUUGAGCAUGUACUUCUUAAUCUGUAUAUAGGUGUGGUUUUGUACGUCUAAUUAAGGACCUUUACGCUUCAUGAAUGUACUGACAGUUUAAUUGUUGUA